UGUGUGUGUGUGUGUGUUCUCAUGUGCGCGCGCUGCGUGCAUAGCAUGUGUUGCUGUUUUGCUUCGUCUCCCGCGAAAUGUCUGUGAAUAAGCUAGUUCUGCCCGGUGACGUCGUGGACGUUAGUGCGACCGACGAGAAGAAAUGCAUCGUAGGACCUGGGCUACGCAAGGAAGGCGAACGCGUCGUAGCCACUCGAGCCGGCAUCCUGAAGCAUCGGCGUCCGAACACCUACUGGGUAGAGGGACACCAGAAAAGGUAUAUUCCGGCAAAGGGUGACUGUGUCAUCGGAGUGGUGACGGCCAAGGGAGGCGAGACAGUUCGCGUCAACAUUGGCAGCAGUGAGCCUGCCACACUGUCUGUGUUUGCCUUUGAGGGAGCUACAAAGAGGAACAGGCCUGAUGUGGAGGUUGGUGACAUUGUCAUGGCCCAAGUUCUGAUGGCCAACAGAGGCAUGGAGCCGGAGUUGGUCUGCGUGGACAGCUACGGCAAGAAAGGCAUUCUGGGCGUCCUUCGCAGCCCCACAGGCUUCCUCAUCAAAGUCCCCAUCAACCUCAUCAACAAGCUCCUGGCAAAAGACUGCUCCUUGCUUCAGACACUCGGCAAGCGCUGUCAGUUCGAGAUUGCCCUCGGCCACAAUGGGAGGAUAUGGGUGAACGGAAGCACCCUCCAGAACACGCUUAGCGUUUGCAAUGCCAUCCUUUCAGCGGAAAACCUCAGUGCUGAACAGAUUGAAGACAGGUGUCACAGGCAGGGUACAUAAAGGGUCCCCCAGGGCCAAGCAUAA